GCUGGAGGCUCCUGCCUCCCACUCGAUCCCAGCCGCAGGAGCCCCAGGGAACUCUGGCUGUGAGGAGUUGGGGGGCAUUCCUCUGAGAAGGUCAUCAUGGCCUGCAAGAAGGGGUGCUCCGACAGUCAGACCAAAUGGGCCCUUGCUGGCAGUGCCAGUGUGGCUCUGGUGUUCGCCAUCGGGAUGGUCCUGGGCUUCACACUGCAGCAGCGCAUCCAGCCAGGCUGUGAGCAGGGUUCGGCCUGCCGCCCCGACGCCGACAUGCUAGACUACCUGCUGAGCCAGGGCCAGAUCAACCAACAGGAUGGCCUGCUGGUCACCUGGUACCACGCUGCCAACAGCCAGGAGGAGAUGGUGGCUGCCCUGAGCAGCAACGCCAUGGUCCUGGAGGGGGAUGUCACCGUGGAAGGGCUCAAUACAGCCAACGAGACAGGGGUCCCCGUCAUGGCGCACCCCCCAGUCAUCCACAGCGACAACACCCUGCAGCAGUGGCUGGAGGCCGUGCUGGCCUCUUCCCAGAAGGGCAUCAAACUGGACUUCAAGAGCCUCAAGGCCGUGGGCCCCUCCCUGAACCUGCUGCGGCGGCUGACAGAGGCCGGGCGAGUCCGGAGGCCUGUGUGGAUCAACGCUGACAUCCUGAGGGGCCCCAACGUGCCCAACUCAGUCGAGGUCAAUGCCACACGGUUCCUGGCCUUGGUCCAGGAGAUGUAUCCUGAGGCCACCCUGUCUCCGGGCUGGACCACCCUCUACGUGCCCCUGUUCCCAAACGGGACAUACACCCGAGCCAUGGUGGAGGAGACGCAGGGGCUGGUGGGAGUGCUGCCACAGAGGGUGACCUUCCCCGUGCGGGCUGUCAUGGUGCGGGCUGCCUGGCCCCACUUCAGCUGGCUGCUCGGCCAAUCUGAGAGGUACAGCCUGACACUGUGGCAGGGUGCCUCGGAACCUGUGUCAGUGGACGAUCUCCUCUACAUCCGGGACAACAGCGCCACCCACCAAGUCUACUAUGACCUCUUGGAGCCUGUCCUGUCGCAGUUCAAGCAGCUUGCUGUGAAUGCCACACGGAAGCGAAUCUCCUACACGGGGGGCAGCCUGGUCCCUCUUCUCCAGCUCCCCGGGAGUGACGGUCUGAGCGUGGAGUGGCUGGCUCCUGACAUCCAGGGCAACGGAAGAACAGCAACUGUUCGACUCCCAGACAGAGAAGGCAUGAUCCUACUGACCGUUGGCCUCCAGGGGCCUGCGACUGGGGACCCCGUGCCCAUCGUGCGUGUCCCAGGUGGCCCUGCCCUGCCGCUGGAGUCCUGCCUGCUGCAGCUCGCCACACGCCCUGGACGCUGGGGUGUCCACUUGCACGUAGCAGAGCCCACAGCCCUCAGGCCGUCCCUGGCCAUGCUGGCCCACCUCUCCACCCUUGGCCAGCUGCCUCGGCCUGUGUGGGUUGGAGCCACAAUCUCCCAUGGGAGUUUCACGGUCCCUGGCCACAUGGCCGGCAGGGAGUUGCUUACAGCUGUGGCCGAGGUCUUCCCCCACGUGACGGUGGCACCAGGCUGGCCUAAGGAGGUGCUGGGCAGUGGCUACGGAGAACAGCUGCUCACUGAUAUGCUGGAGCUGUGCCAGGGCCUCUGGCAACCUGUGUCCUUCCAGCUGCAGGCUGGGGCGCUGGGCCAGAGCAGGGCUGGAGCUGUGGCCAGGCUGCUGGCAGCCUCCCCCCGGGCCACCAUCACGGUCGAGCACAGCCCUGCAGGGGGCAACUAUGCAUCUGUGCGGGCAGUGCUGCUGGCAGCCAGGGCCGUGGACAGGACCCGCGUCUACUAUAGGCUGCCCCAGAGCUACCGUGAAGACUUGCUGGCGGAUGUUGGCAGAAACUGACCACCCCGUAGUGCUGGGUUGGCGGCCC